GUCUCUUCUCUUUUCCUUGUAGAGGUUCUAUAGGAGAAAAGCUGCUAGCUAGCUCUACCAAUAUGAUUCAUACAAGUCAUAGAAGAGAGGUACAUUGGCCCUGUUCAUUUCUUCUGACAUUAAUACUUUGACUUUACCACACCCACAAAAAGUUGACGUUUUCUUAAUAAUUCGGACGGAGCAAGUGGAAGCAAAAUUGACCCUCCGCUCUGUUAUGUUAAAUCAUAUGGGCUUUUUAGAUUAAGCCUAAUGGGCCUAGAUACUUUACUUUUAAUAUUAUAAUCUAAAAACACGUAACAUCAGAAUUGAUGAGUGUGAUUUAAUAUAUACGUCCGACAUUGUUUCCCUGCUGAGUACCUGAAACGUGAAUUCACAGAAGCUCUUUUUUGUUACCUUUUUCAUGUAUAUGUAAUGUAGUCCCCCGGUGUAGGUUGUAUUAUUAUCUCUCUCUCUCUCUCUCUCUCUCUCUCUCUCUCCAAAACGAAGAUCUCAAAGCCAAAACGAAUUAACGGAGAAGAUGAAGACUCAAGGUUCCAACGGAGAUCUCAUUCAGAAGUUCUUUAGGGUGUACAUACCAAACUUCACCGAAGAUAACAUGAAUCUACCUUUUGUUUCGGACAAUACCUCAGGGAUGCAUCUUCCUCAGAAAGUGACAGUUAAAAGCGUGUCUUCGGGUAACAUCUGGAGGAUGGAAAUGACAACGAACGGUGAGAGUGACGCUGUGUUUCUCCGGGACGGAUGGAAGAAGAUCGUCAAGGACGAGAACAUCACGGAGCCAGUAUUCUUGGUCUUCGAGUUCGAUGGUUCUCGCUUGUUCCACUUCUGCGUGUACGAGCACAGUUCCAUGUGUAAGAGGACGAGAUCUCCUAUGGAAAAAGAAGUGAUUGAUGUGGAGAGUGAAGAAGAAACUGAAGAUGAUGAUGAGAGCACAAAAGAGUUUGAUGAGUCGCCAAGAAGGAAAGAAAGAGGUGGUACAAGUAGGCAACGUUUGAAGACGGACAGUCAUAAGGUUGAUGAAUAUCUAGACGACGAACUUAAUCCGUCUUUUCCCGUUGAUAUGACUCAGUCAAGAAGUACGCGCAUACCGUCGCUACUUAUAAAGGACUACAACUUGACAUUUCCAAACUUGGUUACUGUACGUGACAAGAAUGGGAAAUUAAAGAGGAAAAUCUUGGUUUGGAAGAACAAAUCUGUGUAUCUCAGUGGACUCCGCAGUUUCAUCCGAAGGAAUCAUGUGAAGAAAGGUGAUAAAAUGUUCUGCGAACUAAAGAUGGUUGAUGGUUAUCAAGGUCUUGUUCAUGAAAUCAAGGUCCAUAUUAUCGAAGGCUGAUCUCGUCCAUUCAAGAUGGUGUUACUUCUUCUAUCUUAUCGAUGACUGAAAUAUGUUUAGCUUAUUAAUGUCAGUUGUGUUGAACAUGUUAGUUUCGCAUUUGUUUCCUAAUGCAUUUCACAACAACACAUUGCAACUUGCAACUUUUGUUCCCUACAUAAUUUAUGUGCUUCUCUA